CUCCCAUCUCCGCCAUGCUAAGUCACAGCGAAUCUUCAUGACUUCUUGGUGGGUCAGAUGGUAUCAUAAGGGACAGCGUUCUGUGUAUCAGCGAGAACGUGAAGCUCCCAUUGGUCUCGAGGGAAACUUGUGUGAGUGGUCUCGCGAGCCACCGCCCUGGGUACCACCACCUACGUGUCGGGCAGCGCCAAGGAGGUGCCGUGGCCCAGGCGACACACAGACCCCGUAGUUAAAAUUACAAUCAGUGUGUCAGACGGAAGGACAACAGCAGCAGCUCACACGUCGCCUCCACAGCCGCUCACCGCCACGCCGGCAGAUAAUCCCAGCCUUAGUGAACGUGAUUAGCUGACGUGAACACAAGCUGAUAAUUGCACUUAAAAAGAAAUAAGAAACACGAGGACCGUGCGUGCAUCUUUUGUAAUCUCAAGGACGGGGAAUCCUCGUUGUGGCUUCCUGCUCCUGCACAGACACCGGUUCAAACGUUGGGCAGUUUGAACGUCAGAUAACAUUUCAGCUUAGUGCGUUAGCUAAAAAUCCAUCGAGCUGCAUUGUGGUUGCGUGAGACACUCGCACUCCUCCAGCAUGGUGCUCAACACCAAGUCGGGGAUGCGCUCCCCUGACCGUGACUGCCAAGGGAGUCAGGCAAGGCUGGCAGUGAUUGGCAGCAAGGCGGUGGGCAAGACAGCUCUCACCGUGCGGUACCUGACGAAGCGCUUCAUCGGCGAGUACCAGUCAGACACAGACAUGAUCUACCGUGCCACCAUGCCUGUCGACGGAGCCAAAAUCGCCCUGGAGAUCCUCGACUUGUCAUCCAACUUGGACGAGGUGGUGGUGCCGCGGGAGACCGUGGCGUGGGCGGAGGCGUGGCUGGUGGUGUACAGCAUUACGUCCCUGGAGUCGUUUCGCGUGUGUGUGCGUGCGGUGGAGGCGGUGACAACAGCGUGCGGCGGAGACCAGCCCAACCCGCCUGUCCUCAUCAUGGCCAACAAGAAGGACCUGGAGCAUAUACGAGAGGUUCCGGAGGCUGAGGGCAGGAAGCUGGCAGAACAGUACGGGUGUCGCUUCGUCGAGGUGUCCGCUGCCGAGAUGGUGUCCCAAGUGAACGAAUCCAUCGACGGUCUGCUCCGCCAGGUGUCGCAGCACAAGGGACAGACAUCUCCUCGCUUGCGGAAGCUGAGCGUGUCCAAAAUGUUCAACCAGCUGAUCAACCUGAGCAGCGGCGGCAGCCAAGACCACCGACCCGCCAUGCCGCGCAUCUCGCUCAGGGACCGAGCUAGGAAGAGAGGUCACAUUCGCCACAGUUGAGGCCACACCCCUUGGCGGCAGCGGGCUUUUGUUGGCACUCUAGUGAGGCAGGUCACAGCCUAGAGUGACCCUUCACGUGCGCUUCACCGGAGUCACGCACGUCCCCCCGCAACGUCCUGCUGUGCUGGGGGGAUUUUUCUUCACAUCCCUGCCCUUUAGAAAAAACGUUGAAUUAUAUCAACAUUGAAUACUAAUACUCCACGAUCUGCGUUAAUUAGAAGUUAGAGGAAUACACGGAAAGAACUGCUUCGUUUGGCAAAUGCAAUAGUUCGCGGGACAUCGGCGCCAAGCCCCGCUGUCAGAUCCUCGGCAUCUGAACCUUCUUUCGGCUCACUGAACCAUGUGGCGAGCAGCGGCAGCGGCGGCUGUGUUCGAGGCUGUGCGCCCUCUUGGGCCACGCCACCAACCACAACCCUGACGUCUCGCCACAGGAGAGAAACUGUGAGGGAUACCGUACUCACUGGGCGAGGACUCAUUUUUAGGUGUGGCGGUGGCAAAUAGUCGAACCACCAGUUUAAUCUUGCUAGUUCACAGGUGCGCGGCCGCGCUCCGUGACGCCAUUAGGAAGGCACUGCAGGGGGCAAGGCGUGUGAGCUUCGCGGUCCUGUGCUGCGCCGCUCCUCGAGGGGCUGCUUGUCGGCCCUGUGCUGUCUUAUGCUCAGUAUUUGUAACGAGAAGUUGGCUUUUGCCUUCAGCAACCUAAGUUUACUGCAUAGUUUAUUGGUCCCUCAUGCAAUGAGUGUCACUGCAUGUACAUAAUUUAGUUUUUGUUAUUCGUCGGCUGAUGUUCAGCCGUUAUUUGAUCUCAGGCGGCGUCAUCACACAUCAUUAGUCACCCCCACGCACCAGCGUGCCUACAGCAGGGCGGCGUCGAGGAGCGGCAGGAGCCACGGCCAGUCCGAACUGCCGAGCCUCAAGGCACGCCAUGUUCUGAGGCACGGCAACACUUGCACGACACGACACGAGCACGACUAUGACGGGGAUGUGCCAGGGGGCCCUCAGGCACGCCGGCAAGGGUUGAGUACCGGAGACCAGCCCUCCUCCCUCUACUGCUCGGAACGUGUCACGUUCACGAUGUAUUCCGCAUAAUGUUUUCUACUCGUAUAUAUCGAGUUUUAUUAUUAAUGUAUCUCACACUGCAUUUUUUUUUUCUUUUUUAUUCCACCGAAAUUCUUGAAUCGUGGUAGUGAUAAAAGUGCCUUAGGCGAUCUGGUGUGUGUGUGUGUAUGUGUGUGUGUGUGUGUGUGUGUGUGUGUGCUCGCUAUACUGAAAAGCGGUCUGGAGUCGUUGUACUAAAAUCAGUCUUACAUUCUUCUUUAGAGUAAAACCGUGACGGAAUGUUUAAGCUGGAGCGAAGCAUCGUCCCUCCCACCAAGUUUGGCGUUACUUCGCACACCUCCUCGUGGAAGGCCAGGAUAAAAACAUAGGAAAUUAAAGGAAACUGCAAGAAGCUGUCAAGCCUACACGUGGCAAUUCCUGCGUGAAGCAAACCUACUUAUUUCCACCUGUCAUCCUCAUCCGUAAAUUUAAUCUUUCAAAGUCCCCUAAUGACUCGGCACUAACAACCUGAUUACUGGGUGUAUUCCGCCAGCCACGUGUACAUUAUGUAAUUGUGAAUUACAUCAUUUGGUUUAUGUUCCAGUCUGAUCUCUUGUAACAACUCCAGAAACUACAGAACAGACAAAAACGCAUAAGUAUCGACUAAUAAGGAAUAGCAACACAAGUAGUAGUAGUAGUAGUAGUAGUAGUAGUAGUAGUAGUAGUAGAAGUAGUAGUAGUAGUAGUAGUAGUAACAAAAAUAUUAUAAAUCUUUGGGUAAGGAAAGAUUAAUAUAUUAUCAUAAUCAUUAUUAAUAUGCAGUCCCUGUGAGUGUGUCAAGAGAGAGAGAGAGAGAGAGAGAGAGAGAGAGAGAUUAUCCCCAUUCAUUAAAGCCAGGUGCAUCUGGAUUCAUUACAUCAUGGAAGGAACUCUAUCAUAGCCCCGUGUCCAUCCAACCAACACAGUUAUGUGCACCAUCUCCAAGUUUAGUAAUAAGUAACAUGAACUCUUAUUUCCUUCCCCGAAAACCUACAUGUACACCAUGACUCCUGCAGAACGUGUCACAUUAUACAUAAGUCAGAGAGAAGAAAGUGUGAAAGUACAUGUAUAGUGUUUCGGUGGCUGUACGUUACGCUGCUGUCUGUAUCUCAUCAUCCUAUUUUGCAGCCAGUCUGUAUCGCUUGUGAUAUCCAGAGAAAAAAAAUAAAAUUUAUAAGAUUC